ACACUUAUAACUAUAAAAUGUAUAGUAUACAUUAUUUUUAUAGGACAUGGCGUUGAUGCGCGACUACAUCGUGUUCGCGAAGGAGCACGUCCAACCGACCCUUAGCGAGGCGGCGCAACAAAGGCUUAUUGACGCCUACGUCGAUAUGCGGCGUGUGGGCAGCGGGCGCGGGCAGAUCUCAGCCUACCCUCGUCAACUGGAAUCGCUCAUCCGUUUAGCCGAGGCGCACGCGCGUAUGCGUCUCUCCUCCGUCGUCGAGUUAUCUGACGUCGACGAAGCCGCCAGACUCCACCGCGAAGCCCUAAAGCAAUCAGCGACCGACCCGGCGUCCGGUCGCAUCGACGUGGGCAUCCUAACCACAGGCCUGGGAGCCGCCGCGCGCAGACGCCGCGCCGACUUGGUAGCGGCGCUGAAGGAACUGAUGCAGCCUUACUCCAAGCCGCACACCAUCACGCAUGCAAAGAUACUGCAGGAGAUCAACGCCAACUCGCAACUUACGGUAUCGCGCGAUUUGCUGGACGAAGCGCUGCGGGACCUGCAAGACGAAGGGAAGGUGGUGGUGGUCAGCCACACCCACCUGCGGUUAUGUUAACGUCUAAACUGUAUUUGUAAGAAUAUUUUGUAAUUCCAAUAAACGGUUAUUCUUUAUCUUG